AUGAAUUACGAAGAUAAUGAUUUGGCUAAAGUUUGUCGACCUCUGGAUCGACAACUUGACCUCUUAUUCAUUUUGGAUGGUUCUGGCAGUGUUAGUGGAAGUACUUUUGCAACACAAAUGGCAAUGCUUAAUAAAAUAGUUGAUUUAAUUGAAAUUGGUCCAAAACAUACGCAAAUUUCUGUUAUGCAGUAUUCAUCCUACACAAGAGUUGAAUUCAAUUUUAUUGCUAAUUCAAACAAAGAAUCACUUCGCGCAGCACUGCAAAAAAUUCGACAUAUUUCGGGAACAACCAAGACAGGUAAAGCGCUUGACAAAGCUCUUCACGUUUUUCGUCAUGAUCCGAGUUCAGGAGCACGAUUGAAUCAAGAUGACGUAGCACAAGUAGCUGUUGUUGUCACUGACGGUCAUUCUCACGAUGAUCCUGUACCAGCUGCAUUACGGCUUCGAGAAGCUGGUGUUCAAAUACUUGCUCUUGGAAUCGGCUCACAUAUAAAUAUGGGUGAGCUGUAUGAAAUUACGGGAGACGAAAGUCUCGCUUUCCAAAAUCUCACAUCUCAGAUAUCUCUUGAUCAGUUUGUUCAUCAGUUUAAAAAAAUUGCUGUUGGUGAACACUGUGAUUUUUCUAGAGGUCAACAUGGAGCUGAAAUAAAUUGUCGAAGUGAUUCUGUAGAAAUUGUUAUUUCGACAGUAAAUCCAUUCCGUGGUCAUCUUUAUGUUUCUGGUCAAUUUUAUCGUCCAGAAUGCGUUGCAACUGCACCUAAUUCAACAUCUAAGGAAAUUCAGCUGGCAAUCAAUCUAACUUCUUGUAACAUUCAGAGACAAGUGAAGUUGAAUCCGAAAGGGAUACUAUUUGAAACAAGUGUUGUAUUAAAAUUUCAUCCAGAUUACAACACCAAAACAGACAAGAUGUUCAAGGUGCACUGUUUUUAUCCUGAAAAAGCAGUUAAAUUUCCGAAAAAGUAUGCAAAUAAUCGAAUAGCCAACAUCGACAGCAACGAAAUACGCAUGCCUUGUUCAUAUAAGAUUCUAUCAAACAUAAAACCAAAUGAAAGAUGUAAAGUGGAGGAAAUUCGCGUUGGAGACCCAGUAAUUCACACAUGGGAAUGUGAUAAAGAUUCCUUCGAUACUUAUCAAUCGAUGCUUGUCCACAGUUGUGUGAUUAUAGAUCUCAGAAAUGGACAAAAUAAAACAAUUAUCGAUUCUUCAGGAUGUGCCAUCGAUGGAUCAGUUCUCGAUCCACCAGAAUAUCCCGAAACAUUGUCAGUAUUUGCUUAUGGUAAGGCGGUAAAGUUCCCGGAUAGUUCUAUGAUCAAAAUAAAAUGUCAGUUACGGUUUUGUGAUCGUCUGCUUGGAGAAUGUGACACCUUUUUGCCUCCUCGUUGUCGUCGAAUUCGUCGUUUUGCUUGGAGAAAUGCUGAAAAUACUGAAUCGGUGGAUAAACUUAAUAAAGAAUUAAGUCUUGCAUGGGAUUUCGCUAAUUCUGAAAAUGAAAGUGAUGAUUAUGAAGAUCCAGAAGAUACGUCAACCACUUUAUCAAGUGCUAUCACUUUAGCACCACUAGUGACUUUUCAUCCUGUGAAGCAAGAAAAGGGCUAG